ACGGAGGUGGGGGGGUAGACGCUGACAAACCAAGAUGGCGGUGGCAGCGAUGAAACCUGCCGCGGCUGGGACUUAACUGUAGUAGCAAAGGCUGCAAUAGUUGGGAGGCAGCGAUUGGGUGUGGAAGAAACGGAACAGGAUUAAGGGCCGGUAACAGGAACCUCAGCCUGAGACCUUUAGAUCACGGCACCCGCCCCCCUAAGCCCUUGACGGGCGGUGGCUGUCCUGCUUAGGGCCUAGACACCGAGAAGUGCCUAGGUUUCAGACAGCGGCGGCGCCAUGAAUUCUUAAGGGCGGUCUGAGCCCUCCCCAUCUCUGGCCCAGCCCUCGGGCCCACCAUGGAGCUGGGGUCCGACGAUUUCCUACCGCCGCCGGAGUGCCCGGUGUUCGAGCCUAGCUGGGCCGAGUUCCGAGAUCCUCUUGGCUACAUCGCGAAAAUCAGACCCAUCGCCGAGAAGUCCGGCAUUUGCAAGAUCCGCCCACCCGCGGACUGGCAGCCACCCUUUGCUGUGGAAGUGGACAACUUCAGGUUUACUCCUCGAAUCCAGAGGUUGAAUGAGCUGGAGGCCCAGACAAGAGUGAAACUGAACUAUUUGGACCAGAUUGCCAAAUUCUGGGAGAUCCAGGGCUCAUCCUUAAAGAUUCCCAAUGUAGAACGGCGGAUCUUGGACCUCUAUAGCCUCAGCAAAAUUGUGGUGGAAGAAGGUGGUUAUGAAACUAUCUGCAAGGACCGUCGAUGGGCCCGUGUGGCCCAGCGCCUCAACUACCCACCUGGCAAGAACAUUGGUUCCUUGCUACGCUCUCACUAUGAACGCAUCGUUUAUCCCUAUGAAAUGUACCAGUCUGGAGCCAACCUUGUGCAGUGUAACACACGUCCAUUUGAUAAUGAGGAGAAAGACAAGGAAUAUAAACCCCACAGCAUCCCCCUUCGACAGUCUGUGCAGCCUUCCAAGUUCAACAGUUAUGGACGACGGGCAAAGAGACUACAGCCUGAUCCUGAACCCACAGAGGAGGACAUUGAAAAGAAUCCAGAACUGAAGAAGCUACAGAUAUAUGGAGCAGGCCCCAAGAUGAUGGGGCUGGGCCUAAUGGCCAAGGAUAAGACUCUACGGAAAAAAGAACCACUUUUCUCUCCUACAGAUAAAGAAGGGCCUGAGUGUCCUCCCACUGUGGUGGUAAAGGAGGAAUUAGGUGGGGAUGUGAAGAUGGAAUCGGCCUCACCCAAGACCUUUCUAGAAGGCAAGGAGGAACUGAGUCAUAGCCCUGAGCCCUGCACCAAGAUGACCAUGAGGCUGCGAAGGAACCACAGCAAUGCCCAGUUUAUUGAGUCAUAUGUGUGCCGAAUGUGUUCCCGAGGAGAUGAAGAUGACAAACUCUUGCUGUGUGAUGGCUGUGAUGACAAUUACCACAUCUUUUGCCUGCUGCCUCCUUUGCCUGAAAUUCCGAAAGGUGUCUGGAGGUGUCCAAAGUGUGUCAUGGCGGAGUGUAAGCGACCCCCUGAAGCCUUUGGCUUUGAACAAGCUACCCGGGAAUAUACUCUGCAGAGCUUUGGGGAGAUGGCUGACUCCUUUAAAGCUGACUACUUCAACAUGCCUGUGCACAUGGUACCCACAGAACUUGUAGAGAAAGAGUUCUGGCGGCUGGUGAAUAGCAUCGAGGAAGAUGUGACUGUUGAAUAUGGGGCUGACAUCCAUUCCAAAGAAUUUGGCAGUGGUUUUCCUGUCAGUGACAGUAAGAGGCACCUAACCCCAGAGGAGGAGGAGUAUGCUACAAGUGGUUGGAACCUGAAUGUGAUGCCUGUAUUGGAGCAGUCUGUACUAUGCCACAUCAAUGCAGAUAUAUCUGGCAUGAAGGUACCUUGGCUGUAUGUGGGCAUGGUCUUUUCAGCCUUUUGCUGGCAUAUUGAGGAUCACUGGAGUUACUCUAUUAACUACCUCCACUGGGGUGAACCAAAAACCUGGUAUGGGGUCCCAUCACUUGCAGCAGAACACUUGGAAGAAGUGAUGAAGAAGCUGACACCUGAGCUUUUUGAUAGUCAGCCUGAUCUCCUUCACCAACUUGUCACCCUCAUGAAUCCUAACACCCUCAUGUCCCAUGGUGUGCCGGUUGUUCGAACAAACCAGUGUGCAGGAGAAUUUGUUAUCACUUUUCCUCGUGCUUACCACAGUGGUUUCAACCAAGGUUACAACUUUGCUGAGGCAGUCAACUUUUGCACUGCUGACUGGCUGCCUGCUGGGCGUCAGUGCAUUGAGCACUACCGCCGGCUACGAAGAUACUGUGUCUUUUCUCACGAGGAGCUUAUUUGCAAGAUGGCUGCCUGCCCAGAGAAGCUGGACCUGAAUCUGGCAGCAGCUGUACAUAAGGAGAUGUUCAUUAUGGUGCAGGAGGAGCGGCGUCUGCGAAAGGCUCUGUUGGAAAAGGGUAUCACUGAGGCUGAGCGAGAGGCAUUUGAGCUGCUUCCAGAUGAUGAACGUCAGUGCAUAAAAUGCAAGACCACAUGCUUCCUAUCUGCCCUCGCUUGCUAUGACUGCCCAGAUGGCCUUGUCUGCCUUUCUCACAUCAAUGACCUCUGCAAGUGCUCCAGUAGCCGGCAGUACCUUCGGUAUCGGUACACCUUAGAUGAGCUCCCUGCCAUGCUGCAUAAACUGAAAGUUCGAGCUGAGUCCUUUGACACCUGGGCUAACAAAGUACGAAUGGCCCUGGAAGUGGAAGAUGGGCGGAAGCGCAGCCUUGAAGAACUGAGAGCACUAGAAUCUGAGGCUCGUGAGCGAAGGUUUCCUAACAGUGAGCUUCUACAGCGACUGAAGAACUGCCUGAGUGAGGCUGAGGCUUGUGUGUCCCGGGCCCUGGGAUUGGUCAGUGGCCAGGAAGCUGGCCCCAACAGGGUGGCUGGUCUACAGAUGACUCUGGCUGAGCUACGGGAUUUUCUGGGCCAGAUGAACAACUUGCCUUGUGCCAUGCACCAGAUUGGGGGUGUCAAGGGUAUUCUGGAACAGGUAGAAGCCUACCAGACUGAGGCCCGUGAGGCCCUGGUCUCACAGCCCUCCAGUCCAGGGCUGCUGCAGUCCCUGUUGGAGAGAGGGCAGCAGCUGGGGGUGGAGGUACCUGAAGCCCAGCAGCUUCAACGGCAGGUGGAACAGGCACGGUGGCUGGAUGAGGUAAAACGCACGCUGGCUCCCUCUGCCCAAAGGGGUACCCUGGCCAUCAUGAGGGGACUGUUAGUUGCAGGCGCCAAUGUAGCCCCUAGCCCUGCUGUGGACAAGGCCCAGGCAGAGCUUCAGGAGCUGCUGACCAUCGCUGAACGUUGGGAAGAGAAAGCCCACCUUUGCCUAGAAGCCAGGCAGAAGCAUCCACCAGCCACACUUGAGGCCAUAAUCCAUGAAGCAGAAAACAUACCUGUUCACCUGCCCAAUAUCCAGUCUCUCAAGGAGGCUCUUGCUAAGGCCCGGGCGUGGAUUGCUGAUGUGGAUGAGAUCCAAAAUGGUGACCACUAUCCCUGCUUGGAUGACUUGGAGGGCCUCGUAGCUGUGGGUCGGGACCUUCCUGUGGGGCUGGAAGAACUGAGACAGCUAGAGCUGCAGGUACUGACAGCACACUCCUGGAGAGAGAAGGCCUCCAAGACCUUCCUCAAAAAGAACUCCUGCUACACAUUAUUGGAGGUGCUCUGCCCGUGUGCAGACGCCGGCUCAGACAGCACCAAACGCAGCCGGUGGAUGGAGAAGGAGCUGGGGUUGUACAAAUCUGACACAGAGCUGUUGGGGCUGUCUGCGCAGGACCUCAGGGACCCAGGCUCUGUGAUCGUGGCCUUCAAAGAAGGGGAGCAGAAGGAAAAGGAAGGGAUCCUGCAGCUUCGUCGUACCAAUUCAGCCAAGCCAAGUCCACUGGCAUCAUUGACAACGGCCUCCUCUACAGCCUCUAUCUGCGUGUGUGGGCAAGUGCCAGCUGGGGUGGGAGCUCUGCAGUGUGACCUGUGUCAGGACUGGUUCCAUGGGCGGUGUGUGACAGUACCCCGCCUCCUCGGCUCCCAGAGGCCUGGUCUUACCUCAUCCCCACUGCUGGCCUGGUGGGAAUGGGACACCAAAUUCUUGUGCCCUCUAUGUAUGCGCUCACGGCGCCCACGCUUGGAAACCAUCCUGGCACUGCUGGUAGCCCUACAGAGACUGCCUGUGCGGCUGCCUGAGGGUGAGGCUCUACAGUGCCUCACAGAGAGAGCCAUUAGCUGGCAAGGCCGUGCCAGACAGGUUUUGGCCUCUGAGGAAGUGACUGCUCUGUUGGGACGGCUGGCUGAACUCCGCCAACGGCUACAGGCUGAAUCCAAGCCUGAGGAAUCCCUUACUUACUCUUCUGAUGGUGGAGAGGGCACUGGCAAUAUGCCUAAGGUCCAGGGGCUGUUGGAGAAUGGGGACAGUGUGACCAGUCCUGAAAAGGUAGCCACAGAGGAGGGCUCAGGUAAGAGAGAUCUGGAGCUGCUAUCCUCGGUAUUACCACAGUUGACUGGCCCUGUGUUGGAACUGCCUGAGGCAACCCGAGCUCCACUGGAGGAACUUAUGAUGGAAGGAGAUCUGCUUGAGGUGACCCUAGAUGAGAAUCAUAGCAUCUGGCAGCUGCUGCAGGCUGGGCAGCCUCCAGACUUGGAGAGGGUCCACACGCUUCUGGAGCUGGAGAAGGCAGAGCGCCAUGGGAAUCGGACACGAGGCCGAGCCCUAGAGAGGAGACGGCGGAAGAAGGUGGAUCGGGGUGGGGAGGCUGAUGACCCGGCCCGAGAGGAGCUAGAGCCAAAGAGGGUACGGAGCUCAGGACCAGAAGCUGAGGAAGUCCAGGAGGAAGAGGAGCUGGAGGAGGAGACUGGGGGUGAGGUCCCUCCUGUACCCUUCCCCACCAAUGGCAGCCCCAGCACCCAGGAGGACCAGGAUGGCUUAGAACCAGUGUUAGAGGCUGGUUCAGACACCUUAGGCCCUUUCUCUACUCUGACUUCCCGGCUGUUGAUGUCCUGCCCACAGCAGCCAUCUCGGCAACAAUUGUGACAGUGGCUGAGCCUAGCACAGACCCCUACAAAGAUCCUUCCUUGGCCUCAAGGAUCCUUUCUGACCAUCAAGCCUGCUUCUUGGAGGUGGGCGGGUAGGUGGAGAGACUCCCCCCUCACCACCAUCCCCAAGACCGUGACUUUUAUAUUCUGACUCCAAGGUAUUGUUCAGACCUCAGCUCCUGGGGGCCGGCCCCUGGAGUCCUGCGUCCCUGGUAACCUCUAACCAGCAUUCCCAGACACCAGAGGCAGAUAGACAGGUGGGCAGGGGAUCAAAUGGGGCUGGGCCAGCACCAUUCCAGAGACAAAUCCAGGCACAUACAGACUGGGGGACCUCUCCCUUAUCCCCAGUUCUGGCCCUGGGUCAGGCCAUGCUACACUAACCUUCCCUCCCCACCUCACACUUUUGCCUCCCACCUCCUUUUUACUUCUUUCCUCUCCCCUUCAUCUUUUCCUUUCCCUUACUGUUCCACCCAGGAGGAGGAAACUUCACAUAGCUGUCCUCACUUUUUUAUUUGAAAUGAAUUUUGUUGGGGUUGAACAGGGCUGCCUAUGGUCUGAAGGCUUUUGGUGCUUGUCCACACACCCACCUCAACCCUUCCUUCCUAUCCUCCCUUGUCUCCUUUCCUCCUCCUGGGUUCACGCUGUAAUAAAAGAAGAUUGUUGGUGUGUAAUUAAUUUGUUCAAAAGAAGAAAAACAGAACAUAACAAGAAACUUUGUUCCAACUAAAGCCUAUUUUAAUUUUAUUUUAUUAUUUUCCUCGUUAGAAAUAAAACCCUUAGGAAUGUUUUUAGAAACAUGUUUCUGAAGUGCAUUUCUCUUCAAAAAGAGAGCAGAACCUUCCUCGCCUGUUAAUGGAACAGCUGCAGUGCUAGUGGUAGUGCCAGGGCCAAGACCAGGGAAGCAGGGCUCUGGAUCUCAAUCUUACCAGCUUCUCUCUAACCUUGGAAAAGAUAUCCUGCUCCUUCCCCAAGCCAUUUCCCUGUCUUCAGACUAAUGGGCACUGGUCCCUCUUGGUGUUUUGCACAACAGCUUCCCCUAGCUUUGUGCUCUUAAUUUUCUGUUUUCUGGGGGACUUUUUCUUCAUGGCUUUAUUGAGGUAGUUUCCAUGCUAUAAAGUUCAGCUGUUUUAAAUAUGUAAGUUGGUGAGUCAGACCAUCCUUGAUGUUUCUCUGUUAGUUCUUUCUGUCCCUAAUGAAUGUGUGGUUAAUUUGUAAUUUCUGUGUCACUGUUAAACUGUCCUAUUGAAGUUAAAUUUGCAUACCAUACAGUUCAUCCACUUAAAGUAUACAAUUCAGUGGCUUUUAGUAUAUUUCAGUCAUUGAAUGAAUUACCACUGCAAAAAAUUUUAGAAUGUUUUUAUGGCCCUCAGAAGAAACCCCACAUUCCCUAGGUGUUCCCUUUCCACUCCCAUUUGUCUCUUCUGGACAUUUUAUAUAAAUGAAGUUAUACAAUGUA